AUCAGUCACCAUUAAUAAAUGUCCCCUUAGAACCAGACACAUGUGCCUCCCAUGUCUCCUAUUCACAUUUCUUGCAAGACAAUUUCCUCCCUUUCUGUCCCUUAUUCCCAAUGCCCCACACCCCUUUCUUCCAACUUUUGUACCCUUUUUCUAGUCUACCCGUGUGCCUCAAAAUUUUAUUCUCUUUUAGUUUCACACACAAAUAUACUUACACACACUUUCUCCCAAAAUUAAACUUAAUUUAUGGCUUCUGCAAAUGGUUAUAGCCCUAGAUCCUCAGGAUGUCCAUGUGGGGCAUGCAAAUUUCUCCGUAGAAAGUGUACUUCUGAGUGCAUAUUUGCACCUUAUUUUUGUUGUGAAGAAGGACCUGCAAGAUUUGCAGCUAUUCAUAAAGUGUUUGGUGCUGGCAAUGUUUCCAAGAUGCUACUGAAUUUACCUGUUCAUGAUCGUCAUGAUGCUGUUGUCGCAAUUGCUUAUGAAGCUCAAGCUCGUAUUAUAGAUCCUGUGUAUGGUUGUGUAUCGCAUAUUUUUGCUUUACAACAACAGGUAGCAAGCUUGCAAGCACAGCUGAUGCAAGUGAAAGCACAACAAAUAAUUAGUCAAAGCCUAGAGGAGGGGACAAAGAACUUGGAGAAUCAAUGGUCAGGGAAUGUUGUUAAACAGCAAUUAAUCAAUCCAUUUUGUCCCACAAAUUAUAUGAACCCUAUAUCUCCUAAGAGCUCCCUUGAUUCAAUUGAUUUUAGCAGCUGCAGCAUCAAUGAUGUAAUGACCAUACAAUGCCAAUCUUACUCUAAUAAAAGAAUGACGUCAUAUCAUUUGGGUGAGCGGCAAGAAACAUCUCUGGGAAUGACCGGAAACUAUCAUUAGGCGGAUUUGAAUCCUCUCUUGCCUUUUUCGUCCAACCUCUCAUUUUCUUAAUUCAACGGAUGAAUGGUUGAGACAACAUGAGAAAAUCAAUAUGAUAAGAUCCAUCGGUAGUCAACACUAAAAUAAAGUGAAGUUUAACCCCGGUUUAUUUCGUGGCUGAAUUACGGAAAAAGCAAUGUUUAACUACUAUUGUAAUAUAAUUAUUAUUAGGUUUUAUAUUUGUGGAUUUAAUCCAAAAGAAAUUACUAUAUUUUUGUAAACUACCAAGUCUUUCUCUCCUUUAGUCCUCUAUAUGCGUUGUACAAACAUGAAUCCCUUAUUUUGA